AUGCGCAAAAUGAAUUUGGAUGCUGACAGUCUUAGGGCUGCUGGAUCCUCAAAUGUAUUCAUGUAUUCAUAUCCAUGCUCCAGUCGCCUGACCGAUUUAACAGUGGAUCAGGUAUCAUGCUUUGAGCUGUUAUUCCAAAUGGCACGCGCGCAACUUUCAGUCACUAUCGGUCUGCUCAUCUGUGCAAGUUCCUGUGCGGAUCAGUUGCAUGUUCCGACAUCUCCCAGCACACAAUCACCUUCCUCAAGCAUUGCUGCUGAAUCAAACCACAACAAAAACAGCUCCGUAACGGAACAAGUAAGCGUUGAAGAAACUGUCAGUAGCGUCCUCCAUCUAUGCCCGCCACUGUUUUAUGCGUGCUCGGAACUGCCGGCCUAUUGUCUAACGUGUGAUUUCAACACUUCCUGUGUGUAUGGUUCAAAUGUUACUGUCUCGUGCCGCCCCACCAUCGGAGUGCUUUGUCGGAUUCCCAAUUAUGCACCAAACUCCUCGUCUCCCAAUGCAGUCACCAUGGCUGUUGGGCAGCAUACAAACUACAGCAUGAUCAGAAACUUCAUCUGUCGUUAUUGUCACCAGCUGAAUGACACAGAAGUGUUCUGCAUAGGCCGCGGAAACUGUCGUCAAACCAAUGUUCCUCGAAGCUUCUAUGAGACUCUAUGCGAACCUCAUGCCCAUACACUUUGUUUAGGCAGGCGUGUUUUUCGUCGAAUGGCCACGUGCAACUGGUCCUCCGGCAAGAGCUAUUUGGUCACCGUACUUCUGAGUUUGUUUUUCGGAGGUUUCGGUGCAGACCGAUUCUAUUUGGGAAUGUGGAUGGAAGGUUUGGGCAAACUCUUCAGCUUUGGUGGACUUGGGAUCUGGAGUAUCGUAGAUUUCGUCUUAAUUUUGGCUGGUUAUGUUAAGCCACCUGACGAUGCAGUGUAUUGGUAGGCACAGUAAAGCUACGGGACAAUUUCCAAUUUUAUGCCGUACAUAGACAACUAUCACUUAUCUUUUCAGAUUCCUUUUUUCGGCAGUUUAUUUUCGUUUUCUAUGUUUUCUAUAAAUAAAUACAUCAGUAUUCCUGUUUUCAACGCACACUUCCCGCUUUUGAAGCAGGCUUCCCCGUUUUGGUGUAAACUAUUCUGAUUUGUUUUAUGCUACCAGUUUCGUUAUGGGGGGUUGUCUAACGAACUUGAACACAGUCUAAUUUACAGAAUAAGCAGUGUUCUGUAAGAAGGGUUGUUCGACUCGAAAUUUUCUUAUUUAAAAUGAGUCUGUUUCAGUUUUUUUUUCGGAUGAAAGGAGCGCAUUGCAUCUGUGAGAAUUCAUUUACCACCACCUUUAUCGGAUUCAGUCGCACUUCGUCGUAUUUGGUGCACAUUGACUAUGGCUUCCAAUUUAUAUGCUACCAUGUACCUGUGACCGCAACCCAACUGUUAGACCAAGCUGGUUUAAACUAACAGAAGGCUCAACUGUUAGGUGUCGAUCAAAGACGCGUGUAGAAAACGCCAUGGCAUCAGAAAAGUUGAAGGCUAUUUCCCUUGUCG